AUGUCGCAGGUCGUGCAGAAGAAGAACCACUGGUCCAGCCGGGUGCGGCAGUGCGCGCUGACCCGCGGGCCCGGCGGGCAGCUGGGCUUCGCCCUGCUGGGCGGCGCGGAGCACGGCGAGUUCCCGUACGCGGGCGCGGCGGCGGGGGACGGCGAGGCGGCGCUGAGCGAGGGCGAGCUGCUGCUGGAGGUGCAGGGGGUCCGCGUGUCGGGGCUGCCGCGCUACGACGUGCUGGAAGUGAUCCGGAGCUGCAAGGACCCCAUCGUGGUGAAAGCCGUCCGACAAGGCAACAGGCUGAACAAAGAUCUGCGGCAUUAUCUGAACCAGAGGUUUCAGAAGGGGUCCCCAGACCAUGACCUGCAGCAGACCAUCAGAGACAACCUCUAUCGCCACGCUGUGCCUUGCACGACCCGCCCUCCAAGAGAAGGAGAAGUGCCUGGUGUGGACUAUAACUUUCUGACUGUGGAGGAAUUUCUGGAGUUGGAGAGAAGUGGGACCCUUCUGGAAGUAGGAACUUAUGAAGGUAACUAUUAUGGAACGCCGAAGCCUCCAAGCCAGCCCCUCAGUGGGAAAGUGACUUCCACCAAUGCUCUGCAAAACCUGCAGCCUGGCUCCAAGCAGUCGACUCCAAAGCGAACCAAGUCUUACAAUGAUAUGCAAAAUGCUGGCAUAGUGCAUACAGAGAAUGAGGAAGAGGAUGAUGUACCUGAAAUGAGCAGUAGCUUCACAGCAGAGUCUGGAGAGCAAGAGGAGCAGAGCGCGCAGAUCGCGAGAGAGGCGGCCCCCGCGUCCAGCAUCGAGAGGCACACCCACGCCCCCACCACGGACCCUUCCCAGAGCCUCCCCCAGUACCUACCUCCUUCUGCCGAGGACAGCCUAGGGCCUCUGCCAGAAAACUGGGAGAUGGCCUACACGGAGAACGGAGAAGUCUAUUUUAUAGACCAUAAUACAAAAACAACAUCUUGGCUAGAUCCACGGUGCCUGAACAAGCAGCAGAAGCCUCUAGAAGAAUGUGAAGAUGAUGAAGGGGUGCACACGGAGGAACUGGACAGUGAACUAGAGUUGCCUGCUGGUUGGGAGAAAAUUGAGGAUCCCGUAUAUGGUGUCUACUAUGUAGACCACAUCAACAGGAAGACACAGUAUGAAAACCCAGUUCUUGAAGCCAAGAGGAAGAAGCAGCUGGAGCAGCAGCAGCAGCCCCCAGAAGAAUGGACAGAGGAGUGUCCAUCUCUCCCUCCACCUGCUGCUCCAAACCAUGUUUCAAACAACCAAGAGGCAGUUCGGGAAGCACCAGUACAAGGAAAACCUUUUUUUACACGAAACCCUUCUGAGUUGAAAGGGAAGUUCAUCCACACCAAGCUAAGGAAAAGCAGCAGGGGGUUUGGCUUCACUGUCGUUGGAGGGGAUGAGCCAGAUGAAUUCCUCCAAAUCAAAAGUUUGGUGCUCGAUGGUCCUGCAGCGCUGGAUGGCAAAAUGGAAACAGGGGACGUCAUAGUCAGCGUGAACGACACCUGUGUGCUGGGGCACACUCACGCCCAGGUGGUGAAAAUCUUCCAGUCCAUCCCCAUCGGUGCCAGCGUGGAUCUGGAACUGUGCCGGGGCUACCCCCUGCCCUUCGACCCCGACGACCCCAACACCAGCCUGGUCACGUCCGUGGCGAUUUUGGACAAAGAGCCGAUCAUUGUCAACGGGCAGGAGAACUACGACUCCCCUGCCAGCCACAGCAGCAAAACAGGGAAAGUAAACGGCACAAAGGAGGCCAGGCCCAGCAGCCCUGCUGAGGUCUCCUCCAAUGGACCCCACGGCUACCCCAACGACACGGUGUCUUUGGCAUCCUCCAUCGCCACGCAGCCUGAACUCAUCACUGUGCACAUAGUGAAAGGGCCCAUGGGCUUUGGGUUUACUAUAGCAGACAGUCCCGGUGGGGGCGGCCAAAGAGUCAAACAAAUCGUGGACAGCCCACGGUGCCGCGGGCUGAAGGAGGGAGACCUCAUAGUGGAAGUCAACAAGAAGAAUGUGCAGAGCCUCACUCACAACCAGGUGGUGGAUAUGCUGAUUGAAUGUCCUAAGGGAAGCGAGGUCACGUUGCUGGUGCAGCGAGGAGGACUGCCAGUCCCAAAGAAGAGCCCAAAGUCGCAACCACUUGAAAGGAAAGACAGCCAAAACAGCUCCCAGCAGAGCGUCUCGAGCCACCGCAGCGGGCACACCGCGUCCCCCGCGCACAGCACCCAGGUGCUGCCGGACUACACCGCCCCGGAGGCGCCGGCCCCCGACCAGCCAGACACCUCUGGGCAGAAAAAGCCAGAUCCUUUCAAAAUCUGGGCCCAGUCCAGGAGCAUGUAUGAAAGCCGACUUCCAGAUUAUCAAGAGCAGGAUAUCUUUCUAUGGAGAAAGGAAACCGGGUUUGGAUUUAGGAUUCUAGGUGGAAAUGAGCCUGGAGAACCUAUUUACAUCGGUCACAUUGUACCGCUGGGUGCUGCUGACGCCGACGGCCGCCUGCGAUCGGGGGACGAGCUGAUCUGCGUGGAUGGGACGCCUGUGGUGGGGAAAUCACACCAGCUUGUGGUCCAGCUUAUGCAACAGGCAGCCAAACAGGGUCAUGUCAACCUGACCGUCAGGCGCAAAGUGGUUUACACAGUUCCCAAGGCAGAGAAUGAAGUGCCAUCCCCGGCCUCCUCCCACCACAGCAGCAACCAGCCGGCCUCGCUGACGGAGGAGAAGCGGACGCCGCAGGGCAGCCAGAACUCGCUCAACACGGUCAGCUCGGGCAGCGGCAGCACCAGCGGCAUCGGCAGCGGCGGCGGCGGCGGCAGCGGCGUGGUCAGCACCGUGGUGCAGCCCUACGACGUGGAGAUCCGCCGCGGCGAGAACGAGGGCUUCGGCUUCGUCAUCGUCUCGUCCGUGAGCAGGCCCGAGGCGGGGACGACGUUCGCGGGAAAUGCAUGUGUGGCCAUGCCUCACAAAAUAGGUCGGAUAAUUGAAGGGAGCCCCGCAGACCGCUGUGGAAAGCUGAAAGUAGGGGACCGGAUCUUGGCCGUCAAUGGGUGCUCCAUCACCAACAAGUCGCAUUCUGACAUCGUCAACCUCAUUAAGGAAGCGGGAAACACCGUCACCCUGCGCAUCAUUCCAGGAGAUGAAUCCUCCAAUGCUACUUUAUUGACCAAUGCAGAAAAAAUUGCUACAAUCACAACCACACAUACUCCUCAGCAAAUACCACAGGAGACCAGGAACAACACCAAACCAAAGCAGGAAUCCCAGUUUGAUUUCAAACCUCCCCAAGCAGCACAGGACCAAGACUUUUACACUGUUGAGCUGGAGAGAGGAGCCAAAGGGUUUGGCUUCAGCCUGCGAGGUGGCCGCGAGUACAACAUGGAUCUGUACGUGCUGCGGCUCGCUGAGGAUGGGCCUGCUGAGAGAUGUGGGAAAAUGAGGAUUGGUGAUGAAAUCUUAGAGAUCAAUGGAGAAACGACCAAGAACAUGAAGCACGCUCGGGCCAUCGAACUGAUUAAAAAUGGUGGCCGCAAGGUCCGCCUGUUUCUGAAACGUGGAGAUGGCUCUGUCCCAGAAUAUGACCCCAGCAGUGACAGGAACAGUCCCGCCACAGGUUCACAAAAUGUAUCGGAAAUGAAACCCGCGCCAUCCGACCGACGGCAGCACCCAUCAUCGGAGUCCAGUUAUCCACCAGACCUUCACAAAUCAUCACAACAUGGGGACAGGCGGACUUACGUUAGAGACCUAAAAGGCAGCAGAGAGUUUAGCAGACAUCCCAAUGAACACCACACUUGGAAUGGGACUUCUAAAACCAACGACCACGUGCCAGGCAGGAGGACGGAGAGGUCGCCAGAGAGGAGGCACGAAAGGCAGCCAGAGAGGGUGGUGGUGAACGGGCAGAAGAGGAGGUCUCCCGAAAAGCGCAGGGAAGGGACAAGGAGUGCUGACAACACUUUGGAGAGGCGGGAGCGACUCGAGAGGAGGAGAGACCUCUCUCCUGAGAGGCGCAGAGAGCGGUCGCCCGGCCGCCGGCGGCGGUCGCUGGAGAGGCUGACGGAGCCAAGGAGGUCCCCUGAGCGGAGAAGAGAAAACUCCCUCGACCGGAGGGCCAAGUCGUCCGACCGGAGGAGGGAGAGGUCGCCCGACAGGCGGCUCAGGGAGGAACGAGUCGGGCACCGGGAGAGGGAAGACCCCGGCUGGAAGCACGAGGCGAGCCGCAGGCACCUGCCCGAGCAGCGCCGGCGGCCCUACAAGGAGUGCAGCACCGACCUCAGCAUCUGAGCGGCUCCCCGGGGUCCCUGUCGCCUUCCCCACACCCAGGGAGCAGAGCAGAGAGUGGAACCACCUGGCUUUCGCAGGCGACGAGGCAGCCGCCACCUGCUGAUCCUACAGACCGUUUAUGCAGAUGAAAUCUUAUGACAAAAAAAAAAAAAAGCGUUGUGCCUGAUGUAUAAUAUUAAAGAAAGUAUUUUUCAGUGUAUUCUUUUUUUUUUUUUUAAUUACUUGCCAAAUGUUGGUCCUAAAGGAUUAUAAAAUUUUGUUUCUACAUUCUUUGUAGAUUUCUUAAAAAUAAUUCCUUUAUUGGGCUACUUUCCCCCCUCCCCAAUAUAGUAAGUGGGGGUAGCCAGUAAUAUAAUAUAGGCAAAGGAUUUUAUGACCAAGUUUGAAUAAUUUGAUCCAGACUGUUCUCUAGUGACUCACUGCUACACUGUAUGUAGAAAAUUUUUUAAGGGUUGGGGGUGGGGACAGAAGAAAAUUGUUCAUCUCAGUAGGAAUGGAGCGCUCCUGCUGAAGGAAUUAAAAAGGAAAGAGACAAAUGUUCCUAAAAUUGCAAGGACUGUUUGAAGAGACUACUGUUUCAAUGAAGGAUAUUUAUAAUAAUAAUAAAUAAUUAAAAAAAAAAAAGCAAAAAAAAAAAAAGCAACCAAACCCACACAGCACAAGACGAUUUACAAUAAGUAAUUUGUAGUUUGUUCCGUGAACAGUUUGUACUUUCAGGCCCCCUGGAC